AUGGAGACCAGGGCUUCAACAUUUCUCUCAUUUAAGGUCCAUUUGGUCACUUCUACUUGUGCAAUUCAUGCAAGAGCUUUGCGGCAUAGGUCCAGGCUGCUCCUUCCUCUUCCAGAAAAGAGAAGGGACUUUCUCCAGCUUGUCACUCGCUUUCAACGGAUCAACUCUUAUGAGGCCAAAAUACUCUUUGUGAAGAAUACCAAACAUAAGCCUGGUGUGUAUGAAGACCCCAAACCACACAAUUAUAGGCAGGCCAAUGGGAAACGCUUCAUUAAACGGAAAUCAGAACUCAGUCAGAAAGGAAUUAAAAAAGGCAAGGGAAAGGCAACAAGUAAAGUAUGUAAAUUACCAAUGAGAUUUCUUACAUACAAGCCUUGUGGAAGCAAAUGGGAUCCAUAGCUGCUACUGUUAAAGAGUCCCUGACCAUCUAAAUCUGCUUCAUUUACAGUUAGUGACAUUAAAACAAAACUUCUAGGUUUCUCUGCUUAA